AAGUGUACGCUCUGGAAAUGCAGCGUUAAGCCUCCCCCCCACCCCGACUGACUGCCGCUCCUAAGUAGCCCUUCCACAUAGAUCUACGAGGUCCCUUCUAAACCCUGCGUCGCCAUGGUGCACCCCUGUGGCCUACUCACCCGCCAAGAGGAGCCAGUGCCACUGAAGAGCAUCGCUGUGACCUUGUCCAUUUGUGAGUUUGUGGCUGGUGUGUCUGCAACUUUAAACUAUGAGAAUGAGGAGCAAGUCCCUUUGGAGGCCUUCUUUGUGUUCCCCGUGGACGAAGACUCCGCCGUGUGCAGCUUUGAGGCCGUAGUGGACGGGAAGAGAAUCGUGGCAGAAUUACAGGACAAGACGAAGCCCCUGGAAGCAGAUGGGGCCCUGCGCUUCCUGCUCCCAGCUAUCCUCAAUCCUAGAUACCAGCUCUCUGGACUGCCUGAGGACAGUUGCCUUAAAAUGAAGACUCCCAUAGUCCCUUUGGAAGACCUGCCCUACACACUCAGCAUGGUCGCCACCAUCAACUCCCAGCAUGGCAUUGAGAGGGUGCAGUCCACCUGCCCCUUGAGUCCUAUUGAAUAUCUUGGAGACAAUAAGACUUCUGUUCAGGUUUCCCUGGCUGAUGGACACAAGUUUGAUCGAGACGUGGAACUCCUGAUCUACCACAGUGAGGUGCAUACUCCCAGUGUAGCUGUGGAGAUGGGGGUGCCUGAAAGCAAGCCAGAUUGUUUGAUGGGAGAUCCAUGUGCAAUGGUGAGUUUCUAUCCAAAUAUUCCAGAAGCUCAGCCACCAAUUACCUGUAGAGAAUUUAUCUUCCUCAUGGACCGCUCAGGAAGUAUGCAGAGCCCCAUGAGUAGACAAGAUAGGUCUCAGCUGCGCAUAGAAGCCGCCAAGGAAACACUGAUUUUGCUGCUGAAGAGUUUGCCUAUGGGCUGCUAUUUUAACAUCUAUGGAUUUGGAUCUUCCUAUGAGGCAUUCUUUCAGGAGAGUGUGAAGUACACACAGCACACCAUGGAGGAGGCACUGAGGAGAGUUCAGCUUAUGGAAGCAGACCUGGGGGGCACUGAAAUCUUGACACCACUCCAGAACAUCUGCAGGGGACCCUGCAUCCCAGGCCACCCCCUACAGCUUUUUGUCUUCACAGAUGGAGAAGUUACUGACACAUUUACUGUAAUUAAAGAAGUUAGGAUCCACAGCCAGAAACGCAGUUGCAGAUGUUUCUCAUUUGGUAUUGGAGAAGGGGCCUCCACCAGCUUAAUAAAAGGCAUUGCCCGCGCAUCAGGGGGCACUUCAGAAUUUAUCACCGGCAAGGAAAGGAUGCAGUCCAAGGCUCUUAGAUCCCUGAAGCGUUCUCUACAGCCUGUGGUAGAGGACAUCUGUUUGAGCUGGGAUUUGCCUCCUGGCCUAUCGGCUAAAAAGCUUUCCCCAGAACAGAACGCCCUCUUUAGGGGUCAGAGGUUAAUCGUCUAUGCCCAGUUGACUGGGAUGAUGCUGCCAGCAGAGGCAGCAGGAGAAGUGUGCCUCCAGUACACACUCCAGGGCAAGAGUUUCGAGGAUAAGGUGAUGUUUUCUGUAAAACCCAAGCCCGACAGCAACCUUACGAUUCACCGCCUUGCUGCCAAGUCCUUGCUCCAGGCCAAGGACAUGGGCUUCAGAGAGACCCCAGCAAGUGCUAAAAAAGAGGUGUUGAACAUCAGCCUUGAGUCUGGAGUCAUAAGCUCCUACACAGCUUUCAUUGCCAUCAACAAGGAGCUCAACAUGCCAGUUCAGGGUCCCCUGGCUUUUAGGGACAUUCCAAGGCCAAUUCUGUUGGGAGCUUCUGCUGUGAUGCCAAUUUACUGUAGUGAUGGUGAGUUUUAUCUCAUUCAAAUUCAUGUGAGCAUCUUCCAGGCACUUUUCUCACCAGUGUUUGUUGUCACACAUGUAGGACUAGGCAUACCCCAAGCUUGUAGUCACAGACAAAGGAAGAACUGCAUGCCUCUCAAGGUAACCCUCCCUGAGAUGGGAAAGACACAUCCUCUCACCAACAGGACUGACUUGGAAACUUACCAUACAGUCUUUGGAGAGAAUCAUCUUGUACAGCUGAUUUCUCUCCAAAAUGCAAACGGUUCCUGGGAUCUGAAUGCAGAUCUGGCCAAGGUCUUAGGAAUAAGUUUGGAAGACAUGCUGGCUGCACUCCCUGCUGAGCUUGUGGAUUCCUUGGGCUGGGCCACAGUUCUAGCUGUGAUCUGGCUGCACACCCAUGGCAAGGACUUGAAGUGUGAGUGGGAGCUUCUGGAAAGGAAGGCUGUCGCCUGGAUUCGCAUCCAUGCAGGCUCCACCCUGCAUGCACUUGUGAAGGCUGCUAACACUUUCCUGAAGUCAUCUGUGAAUCCUGCUGUCUUUGCCCUCUGAGGAUACCGUCCAGAAAAAGAAGUGCCUCUGCUUGCCUGCUGUCACUUCCUUCACCGUCUCCUCAGCUGUGAUAUGUUUUUAUUUUAUCUCUCCUAUGGGUUUCUUGCCAUAAAAAUAAAGGAUGCCUACCCCACA